AUGCAUACUCCCAGCAGUUUUUGCCUUCUCUGUCCUGCCAUACGCCCUGCGAGCAUCUCGUUUUCUCGCGUACGGUCCAACAGACAGACUUCAACGAUGGCUCCGUUGGCAACCCAUCCGGAAACCGAUCUUAACUACCCGCUGCGGCAGAUAUCUCAGCCUGAACAAUACCGGAGCCCCUUGUCAACUCUAUCCAAUACAAUUCGCCUAAGCAAGGCAUUGAUAGGCAGGCACACUUGUCAGAAACACGACGUUGCAGGGUCAGGCGUUAAGGCGUUUGUUCUGAUGCCCUUUCGGGGCGGGGGGGCCGGAGACUACAAACUUCCUACUAGAUAG